AUGUGCAUUAAGGCCCUAGCUGCAGUACCAAAAUACCCCAACAAGAUGGAAAAUGUAGAAAGUUUAAUUACAAUGAAAGGGCCUUGUGACCCUACAUAUGUUUGUGCCAGUUCUAAGUUAGAGGUAGUCUACUCAGAUGAAAUGGGUCGACAUGUAUGUGCAAAGGAAGAUAUAAAUGUUGGAGAAGUGUUAGUCAUUGAGGAUCCUUACUUCACAUUGCUAUUAAAGUCUCAGUACUUGUUAUGUUGCAGUUACUGUUUAUUGUCUAAUUUAAAUCUUUUGCCUUGCAAUAACUGUUGCUUUGCAAUGUACUGUAGUGAGGAAUGUAGAGUUAAAGCACUCAAAGAAUACCACUCAGUAGAAUGUGAUCUAAUGGCAACACUAUUUAAAAUGGAUUUUACUCAGCUAGAAUUAAGUGCACUCAGGACAGUUAUUAAAGCCCGUUAUGAUCACGCUGAUUGGAAGAGUUUGUUUGAAACAAUUAAAGAGGCUGAUGCUAAUAUGAACACAAAGUACCAGGGUCAAGUUAAGGUUGGGGAUAAAUGGUUAUAUGAUUCAAAAUACUACACAUCAAUACACACUCUGGCUACUAAUGUAGAAAAGCGGUCAAUUUCUGAUAUAUUUCAAAAGGCAGUUUCGGCUGCUGUGUUUUUGAGGUUUCUCAAAUUGAAUACAACUUUUCUCCAGAGUGACAACAUUGAAGAGCAGGAUAAAAUUUUUAAAUGUGUGGCGGGUUUGCUAUUGUUACACCUAAUGACAGUUCCAACAAACAUGCAUGGUAUAUCAACCAAUGUUAUGAAUGAAAAUGGCAUCCUUUUAAGUGAUAUUAGUGUAGCCAGUGGUGCAUAUGCAUUCUUGAGUUUAAUUAAUCAUUCAUGUGCUCCCAACGUUGUUAGAUUUAACAAAGAGGGUGAGGGUAUUAUGACCCUUUUUGCUUUGCGACCUAUCAAGAAGGGAAUGCAAAUAUUUGAUAAUUAUGGGUCACAUUAUGAUAUGGAAGAUUAUAAUAGUCGGCAAAGUUCUUUGAAGUUCCAAUAUAAAUUUACUUGUGUCUGUGAGGCAUGCGUCGACAAAUGGCCUAUGUAUGUGCAAUUGAAUAUGAUGUCAUCCAAGAACCUGCCAGUGAAAAUUUGCCAAAGGAAAAGAAAUGUUUUGAACAAGCAUGUGAUACGCCAAUUACAAAGCGGCGAUGUCGGCACUGCUCUGACGAUUUAUAAGGACCUAUGUAUUUUAUGCGAGCAAUUGGACAAAUAUGCACCGUGUGCUGAGCUCUGCGAAUGUCAAGAAGCAUUGAAACAGUGUUUUAUGAUCUUCGAAGGCUUCCGUACAUUUGGCAGCGAUGAUAUCAUUGAAUGGAAAGAAAUCACUUCGAAGACAUUCAAUGGCCGUCACGGAUGUACCAUUCUCCCUGGAAAUGAAAUAAAUCAGGCAGUCGAUGUGGAACUGUGUGCCGAGUGGGGAGUUUUGAGCACUUGUACUAAAGUACAGUUGUUGCCACCGAUACAAUUGUCGCAGACACAGAUAUCACUGCUCAAUCCCCCCUCUAUGUUUAUUAUUAAUGGACACCCAAACGCUCUGAAGGCGGUCAAAAUUACACCGUCGCCCGGUCUGAAAGUUGAAACUAAUUCCAAGGAAGGUCAGAUAAGUGUCACAGUUAAGUCAGAAACUACGACAUGCGGUGUUGGAUGGGUAAACGUUGUAUCGAAACUAACCUCUCAAGAAAUCAGGGUCGAGGUUGAAAGGGAAUGCGAAAUAGCUUGCGGGACGCUGCUGGGCGCUUUAUUUUCUAUAAUGAAACCUUAUCUAUCAACAUUAGUGACGGUUGCAUUUAUAGCCGGUGGAUAUAUUUAUGUACAAAGUCAUCAGCAGCAAAAAGGUCACAUACAGUUGCCGAACCGCAGCCACCGCUGCCAGAGCCUCGUACCGCGGAGUCCCUACGAAACCCUCACGCUGGUGACACGAGCAUGUUGCCAGAUCGCAUCCACUAGAAUACAUUCAAGACUUCUCUAG